CGAGCUCUGACCUUAUACUCCACAGGCCAUUUUGAAAAGCUAUGUGGUGGCUGGAUCAGACACUGCUAAUCCAGAAAAAUUUCUGGCGUACAUGGUUCCUUCCUUGGAUGAGUUGUCUAAGGAUAUGCAUGAUGAAAACGAAGAUAUCUCUUACACUUGGGUUCGCGAAUACCACUGGGAUGUACUUGGCGACGAUGCAAAUGACACAUACCUGGUAUCAUUUGACGAUGGGACCGCUAGCUAUCUGCCCCCACCCACAAAGCUGACCUUGAGGAAGAAAAGGGCCAGGGAAGGAAGAUCUUCUGAUGAGAUUGAACACUUUCCAGUACCUUCAAGGGUGACUGUAAGGCGACGAUCAACUCUAUCAGUGAUAGAACAUAAAGAUUCAGGGGUUUACUCUUCUAGGGUUGGUCCUUCGAGCUCCAAGAUGAGAAGGUUAGAGGACGAAGAAGGCCUUGGUAGAUCUUGGAAACACGAGCGGGAACAAGAUGUCAAUCAAUAUCGUGAUGGUAAUGAGGAUGAGUAUUCUGAAUGAACGUCUCAUGUACUUCAAACUAUUCAAUCGGUUUUCCAACGGUGUGUAAAGUAUCCUGCAAGGCUACUUGUAGGCUAAUUUAAAGCGUAAUAUGGCAAGUAAAGAAAUAUUGAUCUGGAGAGCUGGCGAAGUUGAGAUACUUUUUAUACAUGUACACGUCCAUGAUUAAUGAUAUGGCCAUUAUGUUUGGCUUUGAUGUCUCUGAUCCUAUCUACGUUAAGCUUGUGCCCAUCAAUUCUGUCUCACAAGCCUUGAGAUUCGCACAAACACGAGAGCUUUGAGAAGUACUCCAAUGGUGGAAAAAAGGACUCUGUUACACAAAAUAAGAAGAGAUUAGUUUCAACAUGAAGUCAAAGCUUUCUUGACCAGUCAGAGUCUUCUCCUUGCUUACCAAUUAUUUAUCUUUUGGUGUAUAACUUUAUUCAGCAGGGCUUUUUGUUUUUUAUAUUUAUUUUAGAUAUAUCUUCUUUGUACUCCU